AUGGCACCCAUAGAUUACUCGAAAUGGGACAACAUAGACACAGAUUCCGAGCCAGAGGUGUCGUCUACCCAGGUGCCCGCGCCUAAAGCCACCCAGCCACCUGCCCCAACCACCCCACGGUCGCAGUCGUCCGCAUCCACUCCGAUGGCAACGCUGCAAACACACGACGCUCCGGGGUCCGCCCAAGUCCAAGCUGUCAUUAUCCGGUGCAGCGUCGAUAAAAUCAGAUCUCCGCCUUGGUCCGCGACCACAAUCUCCGCCGACCAUCCCGUUUUCUCGCAGGCCGUCCCUUCCCUCCCGGGGCUCAUCGGGAUCCCGCUGGUCGUCCACCGCGUAGGAACGCGGUCCGCCAACCUCGCUGACCUCGACAACCAGAUCGCCACGUACCUCAACAUCGACCCCGACUCCGGGUUUGCGCCCCCGGCAUGGCAGUCACAUGUCGGCACCGUCGUGGCCGCGCGCAAGGACAAGAAGCCGUUACUGCCGCACCAUCUCGAGGGUGUGUGGAUGUACUGCGACUACAUUCUGGACCUCUUUGGGGAGGGAGAGGGGGCGCCGACACGGUUGUAUAGUCGGCAGGCCUUUGAGAAGUGGUGGGGUGAUUACUGUGAGGAACAGAAACAGUUUCGGACGGGGGAUGGAGGUGAGAAGGAUCCGGAUGACUGGCGGGCGGACAGGGCCACCAAUAAGGAGCCGGGAUGGCUCAACAUUGAUCAGUGA